GAAGGAAUCAGCAUGUUAGAAAGGCGGGAUCCAGGGCUAAGCAAAGGUGGAGUCAGGCCGCCUUUGUGGACGAUGAAAGGGUGAGGGGCAAGGUUUUUGAGCAUUGUUUCUGUGUGGGACAAUUUCAGGCAAACUAGAACUAACCUGGAAGAGAGGGUACAAGUCCCCUCCUGGGGCCCCAGGUGUUCCCCCUCUUCCUGUGUGACCUCUUCCCACAUGCACCUCUUGCUGCCUGGAGCAGGGGUGUUGCUGUUCCAGGAAGUGGCUACUUCUGGCCCUGAGUGUGAAUGGCCCAUCCUGGCUGCCUUCCACAGGAAACCUGACCUGACGGACAGAGCAGGAAGGAAACAGACUGUGCCACCAAUGUCAGUGCUGAACUCUGGUUGGUCCCACCGAGGGGAGAACCUCCCCGCUCAGGAGCCAAGUCUGCCAGCGAACCUAGACGGUGACCCAGGCCGCCUGCCGGAGGGGGACCCUGAGGAGGCCUCUGCUCAGCAUCCUGCCCGUCUGUGCCAGGGGCUCCCUGACCUGGACACCAACCCAGCUGCCAACUGGCCUGGGCUCCCGACGCUCCUGCAGCAGCUCCCUCGACAGGACAGCGAUGAACAAUACUGCCUGGCCCUUGGUGAGGAGGAGCUGGCUGAGCUGCGGCUCUUCUGUGCCCAGCGGAGGCGGGAGGCCCUGGGACAGGGGGUGGCGCAUCUGGUACCUCCCAAGCUCAAAGAAUGCACCUGUGAGAAGUGCAGGGAGACGCUGAGGCCGGGGGAAUAUGGAGUGUUUGCAGCCCUGGCAGGAGAGCGGCACUGCUGGCACCGGGCUUGUUUUGCCUGCCAGGCCUGUGGCCAGGCCCUGAUAAACUUCAUCUACUUCUACCACGAUGGGCAUCUCUACUGCGGCCGUCAUCACGCUGAGCUGCUGAGGCCACGCUGCCCUGCUUGUGACCAGCUGAUCUUCUCCCGGCGCUGCACUGAGGCAGAGGGACAGCGCUGGCACGAGAACCACUUCUGCUGCCAAGACUGCGCUGGGCCCUUGGGCGGAGGACGUUAUGCCCUGCAGGGGGGCGGCCCGUGCUGCCCCAGCUGCUUUAGGAGUCGGUAUUCGGAUGUCGGCUCCAGCCCGGCCGCGACACUAGAAGGAAGGCCGUCCCUUGGAGCAGGGGAGGCGGGGCUCGGCAGAAUAGAAGGAGGGAACAAUGACCCACUACACUUCGCGACCACCAUCUCCGGAGCAGCCCUCAAUGCUGUCGCCAGCUCCAGUCCGGAAAUUCAGAGGGUGCUGCUUGGAACCACCCCGGAGCAGGAGUGCCGAGCAGGGGACAAGGCUGAGGCACCCAAAGGGGGAGGGCAGGGCCCCCUGGAGACGCCCGCUGAUCCCAAGGAGGACGCCCCCUGCCCCACCUGUUCCUCUUCCUCUGACUCAGAACCCGAAGGCUUUUUCUUUGGCCAGCGCCUUCCCCUGCCCUGCAAGACCCCCAGAAACCUGCAAGCUGAGGGCAGUGACACCUCCAGGAAGCACUGCACCAUUUGCUAGUUGCGCGGCCCGGAGAAGGGGGAGUCAGGGGAGGGAUGAUCUGUAAGGCUUUAGACGCAGACUCUUCUCCCCCGAUAAAAAUCCUAGACUGAGUGCAAAUAGGGACACGCCUAGUAAAGGGGGCGAGAUGACAAACUUCAGUACUCCCUCUUCAGCCCGCGCAUUCUGUGACUUUUCACGGAGACUUUCCUUGGGGAACCCCAUUCUCCAAAGUUACGCAGCCCCUGCCGAGCUAGCUCGUACUCCGACAAGACUGGCUAGGACGGCUCGAUCCCCAGCAUCAUCCUCCGGA